CUAUUUUUAUGAGUUUUACCAGAUUGUCCAAAGCAGAAGACACAAAAUUAAACAAUGGGGAGAUGUUCAAUACCCAUGAAAGUUUUUGUGUUAUUCUGCUUAUUAUGGGCAGUGAUUGCAGAGGCAGAGUACCUAAAAUAUAAGGACCCAAAACAGCCAAUGGGUGCAAGAAUUAGGGACUUGAUGAAAAGAAUGACUCUUGAGGAAAAAAUUGGUCAGAUGACUCAAAUUGAGAGGAAAGUUGCUUCAGCUGAUGUUAUGAAGCAAUAUUUCAUUGGGAGUGUAUUGAGUGGUGGAGGGAGUGUUCCAGCACCUAAGGCCUCUGCUGAGGAUUGGAUCAAUAUGGUAAAUGAGAUUCAAAAGGCUGCUCUUUCGACCCGCCUUGGGAUUCCAAUGAUUUAUGGAAUUGAUGCAGUUCACGGUCACAACAAUGUCUAUAAUGCUACUAUCUUUCCUCACAAUAUUGGGCUUGGUGUCACCAGGGACGCUGAUCUUGUGAAGCGUAUUGGGGCUGCAACUGCACUUGAAGUUAGAGCCACAGGAAUCCCAUAUGCUUUUGCUCCCUGUAUUGCAGUAUGUAGAGAUCCUAGGUGGGGCCGUUGCUAUGAAAGCUACAGUGAAGAUCAUAAGAUUGUGCGAACCAUGACUGAGAUAAUUCCUGGUUUACAAGGAGAUCUGCCAGCUAAUGCUCGCAAGGGAACACCCUUUGUUGCUGGAAAGUCAAAGGUAGCAGCCUGUGCCAAGCAUUUCGUGGGAGAUGGUGGCACGGUGAGGGGGAUCGAUGAAAAUAACACUGUAAUUAACUCAAAUGGAUUGUAUGGUAUCCACAUGCCUGCAUAUUAUGAUUCAAUCAUAAAGGGUGUUUCAACAGUGAUGGUGUCUUACUCAAGCUGGAAUGGCGAAAAGAUGCAUGCUAACCGAGAUCUUGUCACUGGCUUCCUAAAGAACAAGCUCAAUUUCAGGGGGUUUGUCAUAUCAGAUUGGCAAGGCAUUGACCGGAUAACUAGCCCACCUCAUGCUAAUUACACUUAUUCAGUUCAAGCUGGAGUUUCGGCAGGAAUUGACAUGAUUAUGGUUCCAGAGAACUACACAGAGUUUAUUGAUGCUCUGACUCUGCUAGUGAAAAAUAAUAUCAUUCCCAUCAGCAGAAUUGAUGAUGCCGUGAAGCGGAUAUUAAGGGUUAAAUUUACCAUGGGUCUCUUUGAGAACCCACUGGCUGACCUUAGCUUGGUAAACCAACUCGGUAGCCAGGAGCAUAGAGAAUUGGCAAGGGAAGCAGUAAGGAAAUCGCUUGUCCUUUUGAAGAACGGAAAGAGCACUAGUCAGCCAUUAGUUCCCCUUCCUAAGAAAGCGCCAAAGAUACUUGUAGCUGGCACUCAUGCAGACAAUUUGGGUUACCAAUGUGGAGGCUGGACAAUAGAAUGGCAAGGUGUCGCAGGCAAUGAUUUAACAGUCGGAACCACGAUUUUAAGUGCUAUCAAGAAGACAGUGGAUCCUUCUACACAAAUAGUGUACCAGCAGAAUCCUGAUGCAAACUUUGUGAAGUCCAACGAAUUCGACUAUGCCAUUGUAGUUGUAGGUGAAGUCCCAUAUGCAGAGAUGUUUGGUGAUAGCACAAAUCUUACAAUAACAGAACCUGGUCCUAGCACUAUCAACAAUGUCUGUGGGGCAGUGAAAUGUGUUUUAGUUGUCAUCUCUGGUCGUCCAGUCGUGCUGCAACCUUAUGUCGAUAAAAUAGAUGCACUUGUCGCUGCUUGGCUUCCGGGGACAGAAGGCCAAGGUGUUGCAGAUGCUUUGUUUGGUGACUAUGGUUUCACUGGUAAACUUGCUAGGACUUGGUUCAAGUCAGUUGACCAGCUUCCUAUGAACGUUGGCGAUCGCAACUACAAUCCCCUAUUUCCCUUUGGAUUUGGUCUCACAACUCAGCCAAUGAAAAUGAAUUAAAAGACAUGAUUAAAACUAUGUGUGGUGUGUGUGACAUUCAGCUUUUGAAUAGAGUUUCAUCUUGUUAAGAGCUGUCUUAGAAUACUAGUCAACAGAAGAGAAGGUACAGAAGGAACUAUUAAAUCUUUUUAGAAGUUAUUGGGCAAGCACUGCUUUAGAGAACACAAGGGGUGGAAACUUACAACAAAAACUAGUAAUCUUCUUGUUUUAUUAUUCAUUAUUGAAACUGAAGAAAGAGCAGAAGGCAGAAAAUUGUGUUGAGGGCUUCCAUAAGAAUAUAUACUUUGAUGGUUUAUU